AUGGUUAAGAAGGUCUUAGUUGUUGUUGAAGAUGGGAGUUUAGUGAAGAAAGUGAAGAAUAUAUUGGAUAACCAUGGGAAACUGGAUAAGUCUCAAAAGAUUAGUAAAAAAAAUGGUGAAUUUAUCAUUCCUACAACUUAUGAAUCAAUAAAUGAAAUUGAAUUGGAAUUAGAAGGGGUGAUACGGUAUGAAACUGUUGAAACAAAAGGUGAAUAUGAGAAUAACCAUUCAUUAUCACAAGUUAUAAUCCAAUAUUUACAAAUUCAAAAAAUAUCUCCACAAACUAUUGAAAAUUUAAUAUCUAAAAUACCCAAAAAGUAUACAUUAUAUCCACCUUUAUUAUUGAUAAAUAAUCAAGAUACUUUUGAUUCAAUCGAAUGGAAAGAAGCAUUAAAUAUUAUAAACCAAGAUGAAUUUUUCCAAUUAGUAUUAAAACAAUUCCCUCAAAUUACACAUAUUGCAAUUAAUAAACCAAUAAUUGAACAAGAUAUAAUGAGAAGACCUUUCAAUAUAUCACCUAUAUAUGGUGAUUUUGGACCUGAUCCAACAGACCAAAUGUUUGAUUCACCUACACAAAGUGAUUUUGAUCAAGCUUUUUGGUGUACAGUUGUUCAAAAUGGAAUUUUCCAAUCAUGGGCUCCAAGGUAUACAAUGUUUAGUCGGGGUAAUAUUAAGGAAAAGGCAAGAAUUUUAAACAAUUUUAAAGAUGUUCAAGGUACUAGUGUUAUUGAUAUGUAUGCUGGUAUUGGAUAUUUUACAUUAAGUUAUUUAAAAUUAGGUGCUUCAAGAGUUUUUUGUUUUGAAUUAAAUCCAUGGAGUAUUCAAGGUCUUAUAAAAGGUGUUUCACAAAAUGGAUUUACUUAUAGAGUUGUUGGGAAGGAUGAAGUUGUUGAAUUUGACCCAAAUGUCAAGUGUUGGAUAUUUAAUGAAAGUAAUGAGCAAGCAUUAGAAAGAUUGAGACAAUUUGGAAUUAAACAUAAUUUAAGUCAUAUAAACUUGGGAUUAUUACCUUCUUCAAGACAAAGUUGGGAUCAUACUUUGACUUUGAUAAACAAAUUUAGUAAUAGACACAGGGACCUUGGUACAUCUAUCCAUAUCCAUGAAAACAUUAGUGAUGAAGACCUUUCAACAUUCAUGGAUUCCACAGCUAAAGAACUAGGACAAUUACCACUCAUAGAUAAGUCUCCGAACCAGUUGGAAAUAUUCCCCUUGCAUCUAGAAAAGAUCAAGACAUUCGCCCCUGGAGUGUGGCAUAUCUGUGCAGACUUCCUAGUGAAAUAG